AUGGCAUCAAGCUCUUGCGGGAAGCACUCUAGGUUCCAUGGAAUCCGGUGCCGAGGCGGAAAAUGGGUGUCCGAAAUCCGUGAGCCACGUAAGACUAGGCGGAUAUGGCUCGGGACUUACCCAACCCCGGAGAUGGCUGCGGCCGCCUAUGACGUCGCCGCUCUCGCUCUCAAGCGGGGCGAUGCUGUUCUCAACUUUCCGAGCUCCAUUGCCUCUUAUCCAGUGCCAGCAUCCACGUCACCGGAGGACAUUCGCAGUGCCGCGGCCGCCGCCGCUGCACUACAGUGGAAUGAGGAGGCCAAUAACAGUCUGAAGCAGAGAGAGAGGCAGAAGAAGCAAGAGGACGACAUGAGGAUGAUGAUGAAUAGUUCCAGUUUGGCGUCAUCUGUGGGAAUAGACGAAGAAGAGCUUUUUGGGAUGCCGAAUUUGUUGACCGAAAUGGCAGAAGGAAUGCUGUUGUCUCCGCCGAGACCGCCUGAUUAUCCUGACUCCUCGGGCAAUUCAGACGGAGGAGAAAGUGGUCUGUGGAGCUUUUGA